AUGCUUGUGCUGAUUUCAGUGUUAGAACUAUGUUAAUCUGAGUGAGUGUUUCCUCUAUGAUCUGAGUGAACACCAGCACCACCUUGAGCCAAGAAAAGUCCAGUUUGUGAGUGUCUCCUUGGAAAACAAUAUCCUCAGGUGAUACUAGGACCUGCUAGUACAAGGGUUUAAUAGUUUUUUGCAAUGUUUUUUUAAUAGGGUGGGACAAUUCAAAGAGCUGAUUGUUAAGAUUUUUUUAUCCUGUCAAGAAGACAUCUGACCCUGUUUUCUGCUUCCUCUCCUUGUUUAAGAGGCAGCACAUCUCUUCUUAAGGGACCCUGCCCCUAGUCUUUAACAAUGAAGUUCAACCUGUUCAGAAAGCCGCAAUCCAUGGCGGCUGCGGAGCCCACCAGUGCUCCCACCAUGACCAUGGCUACAUCUCCGGCUGCGAUCUCCACCUCUGCACCGGAUACUUCAGGCUCCAACAACACAGAAAUCAGCAAGAAUGACAUGUUUGAGGAGAUCAAGAGCAAAUUCCUGAAUGAAAUUGAUAAAAUUCCUCUUCCUCCAUGGGCUUUGAUUGCCAUCGCUGUGGUGGCUGCAUUGCUCGUCCUCACUUGCUGCUUCUGUAUAAUCAAAAAAUGCUGCUGCAAGAAGAAGAAGAACAAGAAAGGAAAGAAGGGCAAAGAUGGCUUCAACAUGAAGAACAUGCAGGGCGGCGAGGAUGAUGAUGAUGAUGAGGGAGAGACUGGACUGACAGAGGAGGAGAAAGAAGAAGAGGAGAAAGAACAAGAAAAACUGGGAAAGCUGCAAUACUCUAUAGAUUAUGACUUUGAGAACACAAAGCUCACAAUUGGAAUCCUUCAAGCUGCAGACCUGAUGUCCAUGGACUCUGGUGGAACCUCUGAUCCUUAUGUUAGAGUCCUGCUGUUGCCUGAUAAGAAGAAAAAGUUUGACACGAAGGUGCACAAGAAAACUCUAAAUCCUGUCUUCAAUGAGACAUUUGUUUUCAAGGUGCCCUACGAAGAGCUGGGUGGCAAGACCCUGUGCAUGUCCGUGUAUGACUAUGACCGAUUUUCCAAACAUGAUGUCAUCGGAGAGGUGAAGCUGCCCAUGAAUACCAUUGACCUCGGACGGCCAAUCGAAGAGUGGCGGGACCUGGAGAGUGCUGAUCAAGAGGAGCCUGAAAAACUUGGAGACAUCUGCAUCUCCCUCCGUUACGUCCCCACAGCGGGUAAACUCACCGUCUGCAUCCUGGAGGCAAAGAACCUGAAAAAGAUGGACGCCUGCGGCUUGUCUGAUCCUUAUGUAAAGAUCCAGCUGUUACAGGGAGGUAAACGUUUGAAGAAAAAGAAGACAACUGUGAAGAAGAACACCCUCAAUCCAUACUAUAAUGAAUCCUUCAGCUUUGAAAUUCCUCUGGAGCAGAUGCAGAAAAUCUUGGUGGCAGUCACAGUGUUUGAUUAUGACAAGAUAGGUAAGAACGACGCCAUUGGAAAGAUCUUUGUUGGCAGUAAGGCUACUGGCUUAGGUCUCAAGCACUGGUCAGACAUGCUGUCUAAUCCACGCCGCCCUAUUGCCCAGUGGCAUGUAUUGCAGCCAGAAGAGGAAAUUGAUGGUCAGCUUGCAAAGCUGAAUGCAAAGAAGUAACACGCCAUCAACCAGCUGUUGCUCUUAUUCAGUAAAUGAAGCCCCUAUCCCUACUUUGCAUGAAUUCCAUGACCUAACAGAAGACUACUUGUCAUGAAUCCUGCUCAGCAAAAAUAAUAGUAAAAUAAAGACAUCUUAGGAUAUCUUGUUAUUCAUGGUAGAGUCAAGGAAGCUCUUUUUUAAGCUUUGGAUUUCAGACAUAGCGUUUGAUGAGAAGAAAGUUUUUAGUUUCUGGGUGAGUAGUUAAUGAAUGAUUGACUUAUAGUCUUUCUUUCAUUUUGAAGAAACUUAGAAACUGUAAUUUUUGUGUGCAGACACUAAAUGGAAGUCUUGGUAAAAACAAUGCUGGAUCAAAAGCUUUAGUUGCUAGAGCAUGCUUUACUUAACUUCCCACUGCUCUACACACACCACAGUAUUGUAUCUUGCUAAUAAAUGUGAUAUAAUCUGCAAUAGAAAGUCCUGUAGUUUUGAGCAUUGAGUGGGUUUUCAUCUACUACAGCAAGCAGAUUUAACUAAGAUCGAAUCAGGUUAAAGUCACUGAAUGCAUCAAUCAACUUUGAAAUACAUUUUCAAUGCAAGUUUGCCUAUAAUUUCUGAGCAUUUUAGCAGGAAUGUCACAGUUCUAUGAUCUUUGUUGCCUGUUUUAUCUUGCCAUGAUGGCAUAUUGACAUUAAGAUUCAACACAUCUCUUCAGAUAGAUUUAAUAUGGGAGAGAAAUACAAGGAUGCCUUUCUGAUAUGACACUCUCUGAGAAGUAAUAAUAGGUUCAUUGUUUAUCUUUAAGAGGUUAUAUCUUCUUCCAAAGCUGUCAGGGAUAAUGUGAAUGUGCCAUCAAAUUUCUGGCUUGAGCUGUGUUAACCACUUGGAUGUAAAACUGUCUAGGUCCUUGAACAAAGGAGAGACAUUGCUAGAAUUGCUGUUUAUGCUCAAAGAGAUCAUAAGGUAUUUUGUUAGUUAGAAUUCUGCUGUUGCUUUAAAGCAAUAGUGCCAUUUUUUAACUGAAAAAAUUCACUGGAAUACGUAAAGCAGGUAAUUGCCUUUGAUUAAUGCUGUAGCUUAUCCCACUUUCUUUUCUUUUUUUUACAUGAAAUUAAGUCUGAAAUAAGAUGUAGUGUCACUUUUUAAAAGAAUGUGAACUUCAGUAUAAAAUCCAAGUUUGUAGAAUUUAAACAUGAAAAUAUAGCCUACACAUCUUGGACCAUCUGCUUUUAAUAGAGCUACAGCAUCAAGCAUGUAUCAUGCCUCACAGUAUUUCGUCUUCAGUCAAAACACAAGCUUUGUGAUCCUGGAACCAAAUGCUGCAACAUGGUGUUCUGCUUUCAUCACAUAACGUGCAGAGGCUUGGAAACAAGAAAGGACACAAUCAGUUAUUUAUUAAAAGCUGCUGAUUAACACAGUAUGUGUUUAAGUCAUUACAAUAAACUUAACAUGACCAUUUUAAUACUGGUGAAUUUUUAAAUAUGAAAUAUCUUACUGUUAGAUAUCAAAUUGUUUGAUGUGGUCU